CCGCUAGUCUCCACCCCUUCCUUCCCGUUAAGGGCACCAGGCACUUGUGCCUGGAAAAAAAAAAUGUGAAAAAGUUAUGAAAUGCUGCCGAUGAUCAGACAGAGGAGGUUCUUCACCCCGGAGCCACGAAGGACCUGAAUUCUGGCAGGUCAACUGUGUCCUGUGCCAAAGAUGUUUCCAGAACAGCAGAAAGAGGAGUUCGUGAGUGUCUGGGUCCGGGACCCCAGGAUCCAGAAGGAGGACUUCUGGCACUCGUACAUUGACUACGAGAUCUGCAUCCAUACCAACAGCAUGUGCUUCACCAUGAAGACGUCGUGUGUUCGACGGCGGUACCGGGAGUUCGUGUGGCUGCGGCAGCGGCUGCAGAGCAACGCCCUGCUGGUGCAAGUGCCAGAACUUCCAUCUAAAAACCUGUUUUUCAACAUGAACAAUCGCCAGCACGUGGACCAGCGUAGGCAGGGGCUGGAAGAUUUCCUCCGAAAGGUCCUGCAGAACGCGCUCCUGUUAUCCGACAGCAGCCUCCACCUCUUCCUGCAGAGCCACCUCACCUCGGAGGACAUCGAGGCCUGCGUGUCCGGGCAGACCAAGUACUCGGUGGAGGAAGCCAUCCACAGGUUCGCCCUGAUGAACAGGCGCUUCCCGGAGGAAGACGAGAAAGACAAGAGAGACCACGAGGCGGAUUACGACUCGGAGAGUUCGUCCUCCGGGCUUGGACACAGCAGCGAUGACAGCAGCGCACAGGGAUGUAAAAUAAGCACCGAUGGCCAGGAAUCCUGAAGAGGGGCGGUGGCGACGUGACCGGCCGAGGGAGAACAGAUCGUGUCAUUUCAGAGAGAGAAGGAAGCUUGUUAAUAACACGCUCUUCACCUGAAGCUCACUGCCGCCACGCGGAGCUCUCCAAAGUCUUACAGGCGGUGGCUGGGUCGCUUGUUAGUAGUCUGUUAUUUCCAUGUUGUCUCAUCUCAAGCCAAGCUUCCACAGAAAGCUCCAAGCCUGUGAAUGUGAAAUUACCCUUUCCAGCCAAACCCUCCCCGGCAAGCGGGAUGCUGCCCUGAAGUGAAGCGAGUUAACAUACACACUGAAAAUGA